CCGACUGCCGGAAGGCCGAGGACACCGGAAGAGAGGGAGCGAGGAGGCGUUCGGGAUGGCCGUUUUUUAUUGGUUCCUUCCCCCUUUUCCUUCCUCGUCGAGUGGACUCGACCGCCGACCCGUCCGCCGCCGCCCAAUUAUUUAACUCGACGCGACGACGCUUGUCGGGGCGCGCGUUUCCGAAGCGGAAACGGAAACAGGAGGGAAAAAGUAGCCUCGAUUUCCUUCGGUGAAUAUUACGUCGGGGAAGACGGCGACGAUGAGAGAAAAGACGAUGCUGGUGGCACGUCUGACCUUGCUCUUCUCCGUUUGGGCAUCGUCGGCGGCUUCCGACCCACCCCAACUGGACAGGAAUGGCUUCGUCAGCGUCCCCUCGGGAUCCGAGCAGACCGUGACCUGCGCGGGAUCGGCCGAAUUGAUUUGGACUUUGCGCAGGAACCACGAGUCCGACGAAAUCACCGAAUCGGAAUUCACGCGAAUUUUCGGCAACGUCCGGAUCGAGCGCAGGAUCGAUCGGAUCGGUCCCGAUCGACCGAACUAUCUUCACCGAAGUUACUUGAAGAUAAAGAACAUCACCUUCGACCAGAUGGGUUUCUAUCGAUGUUCCUAUCGAAGGGAAAGAAGCCGGUCCGCUUCCAGUAACUCUCUUGGUAUUUUUAUUUACUUCUUCGUCAACGAUCCGAAAAACAUCCUAAUCACAGAGUUCGUCCCCGCUUCGAAGGUUUUAUACGAAAAUGCCACCAUCCUUUGUCUCCCUACCGACUAUAACAUCGAAAUGACGCUGUGGAAGGGAGAAGAACGCGUGGUGACAUACCCAGACGUCGUCAGUUUUGGCAUCAUCGCAGGAUUUGUCUUCCGAAAGCCCACUCGUUACUUCGAUGGAAUCUUCUCUUGCAGAGCUAAAUACGGAAAUUCCACUCAACAAAUCUCGUUUCGUUUAAUUUCUGAUAGGAAAAAAUGGAACAAGACAAAGACGAGCGCUGGAACGACGAUGGACGUGGUGGCUGGUUCCACUCUGGUCCUAAAUUGUUCGGGAAGCUUCCCUCCCUUUUGGAUAGUCCCCCGGCAUCCGAACGGUAGUUUCGGGAAAGAGACAGUCCGUCAUUCCCGAUACAUGGAAGAUGGCGACGAACUAUAUGUGAACGAAUUACGGAUAGAGAACGUUCAAACUUCUUACACUGGACUCUAUCGCUGUUGCUACGAAAGUCCCGAAUGCCUGUCCAAAGAGGACGAAUCAAACGUCUACGUCUUCGUUAAUGAUCCCAAAGAGCCAUUGAUGCACCUGUCGGAAGUUCCAGCUGAUGAUAUCGCUCGAUAUCGCUGCAUCGCACAAGUGGUUUUGUGUCUUCCCACCUUUUCGGAUCUAAACGUGACGUUAUGGCUAGCAGACAAUUUAGUUGCUAUGGACGGAAACGUUUCGUUCGACCCCAAAUUGGGUUUCGUCUGGUCUCGACCCCAAAAAUAUCCGUACUUGUACACUUGCAAGACUCAAAUAGGAAACCGCACCCAACAACUGGAAUUACCCUCUCGAGAACUAGAUCGAAAAGCCGAGCCUCUUUUAUACGUGUACUCAUCCAACCUCAAUCCUUUCGAGGAAGAAUCCGUGGAAAUCACCUGCGAAGCUUGCGUUUACAGUUUCCAGAAAAUUUGGUGGACCCGAACGGGAGUGCACGGAAAAGGCAAAGAGCUUUUCACAGAAGACGAACAAUCAGGUAUCGAGAUGAUGGACGAAAGCAGUCCUAACAUCCUCAGACGAAUCUUGAGAUUCCGUUCGGUGAGAACGGUCGAUGAUGGUGUUUACACUUGCGUGGGUUCCACUUACGACGGGCGUCCGAAUCCAACCAAAAGCGUGACGUUGAAGAUCACGCCCCUUCAGAAACCUUAUUUUGUCCACGCCGAUGUUACCGAAGUGCGUGCGAUACCCGGAAGUCGUCACGACUUCCAUUGCCGAGCGGAAGGAAUACCUCCUCCUUCCAUUAUCUGGUACAGAGAGGGGAAACGAGUGAUGGAGGACCCUCCGGGUGUGACGUUUCGACAGGGUUACAGAAUCCUGACCAUUGAUCCGAUCCUGGAAGAUGAUGCCGGCACGUUCAGUUGUCGGGCGGAAAACUCCGAAGGGGUGGUGGAGGCCCGAAUCGUUUUGCACGUGCAGAAAGGAAAUGGCUCCUUCGACUUCGUUCGAAAAACCGGAAAGACCACCGGAGAGAUUCUCGCGACGACUGCAUUCGCCCUGCUUCUGAUCACUUUUCUAUCUGUGUUAUUGUUCUGGUUAAGUGACUUCCGCCGGAAACGGGAACAGGGAAUGGAGGAAGAACAAGAAGAGAUCUGCAUCUCCGACGUCAUCGAAUACGAAGAGGAAGAAGACGUUUCCUGAUCCUCGUUCGUCCCUCUAUUUCCGUUUCCUCCUCCCUAGAUCCGGGAAUUUCUUCGAUAGUCUCCGAAGACUUUAAUCCCUGUCGAGAAGUUUCUUUCUCACUGUUUCGUUCGUCUUUCCAGAAAAUGGAGCGACGAAAAAAGAAUUUCGGAAGGCCAAAGAAGCUCGAGUGUCCUCCCGUUACCCGGGAAACGCCUCCCGCAAAUAAUAUAUUUUGUAAAAAUUCUGUAAUAAUAAUAAAAAUAUUUUUAAAAAAGUA